AUGUCAGCCAUUCUCUUCUAUACAUUGUUUUACAUUUUAAUGUCAGGUUGUAUUAUAUAUCCACCUACAGAAUUUGUAUCAGCCGGUGUAACCAUAAAAGAUAUAUUUUCAAAUUGGUUAGGUAGUGAAAAUGAAAUUUUUAUACAAUAUCAUAUGAGAAGAAGUGUCAUUACAUUAUUUAUACAUUCUAUACUUCCGUUUGGUUAUGUUUUUGGUUUAGUCGUGUUUGGACACGUAGAUACCAAUAUAUUAUUAGAUCAUGCCAAUUUAUGGACAAUAUUUGUUACUUGUACCUUAUUGAUGCCUCUAUAUACUUUAUAUAAAAUUUUAGUAUGGUCAAUGAAUAAUUGGAGCACACAUCCUAUACCACAAAAUCUUGCAAUUUAUUGUAAUAGCAAUAACAACAAUAAUAGUAUACCAUGGACUACAGUAGCUUCUGAUAUUAAUGUAGAAUAUCAAAGAAUAGAUAAAAUAAUAAUUGCUACAAAUAGUAUAACAUCUAUAGUAGCCACUGAUAAUUGGAUAAUUAAAGUUUUACCUUAUAAAAUAAUGGUUGCUCAUCAGAGUGAUACAGCUUUAAUAGUUAAUAGAAGUGAUACUCAUGAAAUGUCACCUGUGACAAGAGGAGAAGUUCAAUUCAUUAAUAUUCAGGUAAAGCCUACUAGAGCCGGAUCACAGCCUUUCGACAUAAGAUUGAAUGUAUUUAAUUUUAAGAAUCUACAAGAUAAAAUCUCUCGUCCUAUUACCAUAUUACAAAAUGUUAAAUUUCAUAAAACUUUACUUGAUAAAUUUAUUGAUAAUUUUAAAGAACAGAUACAAGAAAAUCCAUAUUAUGAAUAUGCAGAGGAAUUAAGUCAAUGUAUAGGAUGUAUGCAAGCAUCUUCAAAUGUAAAAUUACAUAAACAAUGUAGUAAUGGCAUAGGAAGUGAAAACCCUGAUGCUUGUAUGAUGUGUUAUUGCCGUCCGAUGUGGUGCAUAGAUUGUAUGGCAAAAUGGUUUGCAUCAAGACAAGAUGAAAAUGCACCUGAAACAUGGUUAUCUUCUAAAUGUACUUGUCCAGUAUGCAGAGCAAGAUUUUGUAUUUUGGAUGUAUGUCUUAUACAAACUGUUUGA